GUCGAACGUAUAGCGGUGUGAUACUUCUUUAAGCGAGGUGAAUUCAUGCGACACGCCGUAAUGGACGACGAAAGUGAAAACGAAAGUGGUUCAGGAAGUGAUGAAAAUACUUGUGGUAUAUGUGGAAAAAGACUCAGUUGCAGGAAAAGCUUAAAAAACCAUUUACUCAUUCACACUGAAGAUGGGAAAUACCAGUUCAGCUGUAACAUGUGUGACAAGUCCUACAUAACAAAGGACCGGUUGGACAAACACAUAGAAAUACACUCAGGUUUUCAACAUCUGUGCCAAUAUUGCGGGAAAUCUUUUCAGACCAAGUAUUGUCUGAAGCGUCACAUAGAUAUAAAGCAUUUAAAUAAAGGGCCUUAUGUUUGUGAAAAAUGUGGGAAAGUAUACAGCAACAGAGGUCAUCUUCUUGGUCACCAGUCAGCCUGUCAUGGAGAGACCAAACCAUUUAAAUGUGAAAAAUGUCAGAAAUACUUUAGUUACGAAAAAAAUCUAAACUAUCAUGUAUCAAAAGUAUGUACUAAAGAAAAAAGAGUCGCAGCUAUACACAAAUGUGAGAUGUGUGAUAAAUCUUUUAAAGCCAAAAGGUAUCUCAAACAGCAUAAACUGAUUCAUGCUGAAGGAAAGAUUGUAUGCCCUGUAUGUGGAAGAAAUUUCAGAUGGCGAUCAAGCUAUAAAGAACAUAAAAAGACUUGUCAUAAGUAAUAUGAAUUGUGAUGGUUAGUAAUCAGAAGGGUUCAAUUUAUUUUUCUAGCAUUGCUUAUGAAUAGUCUAAUCACAAAGAUAGCUGUGUUUCUGUUAAUAUUUUUUGAAGCAGGUAUGCAUAAAGGAGUUUUGAAACAUUAUUUCCAUGUCAUGUGAAAAAAACAUUAUCUAUUUCUGAAAAUACCAUCUUUGAGAUUGGUUGGAUUAAAUUGUAUCCAAAUUUACAUAUAUAACAUCAUUUCUUUAUUUAAAGUUUAUAUAAAAAGGCUUGAAAUUUGUUCAUUACCUCACUGAUACUUUGUAAAAUAGCUAAAUUGUAAUUAACACCAGUUCACUGUUGUCACACACACACAUUAGUAUGGUACUGGUGUUAUAUUUUACCACUAUUAUCAAUGUUCAAUGAAAGGUGCUUACAUUUUAUACCUUGCUAUUUUCCAUAUAAAAGUUUUCAAUAAGAUUAUAUUAAGAUAAAUCAUAUAAAAACACCUAUUAGAGCCGUGUCCCGACAAA